CGACUCCCGGGAUAGAAGCCGAAGAGGAAAAUAGUCUCCCGUUGCUUGCUACAAGGGAAAAAGAAAAGAUUUUUCAGUGGAAGAGGAAGAAAAAGUAUUGCCGAUGGAUUUCUCCAAGAAAAGUUUCUCUCCCAACUCGCGUUUUGGCAUCCUGAAUCCCACCCCUUCUGAUUUUAAGAGAAGAAGCAUUGCUGGGGAAGUCACCCAAGAAGCUGAUGAGAACGGUGGGAAUUUUCAUAACGUUCGUGGGCUAGGAUCACAAAAUCCAAGGAAAGAAGCCAAGAAAUCCAACGGUACAACCACAUCAUCAAUUUCAAAGAAGAAGAUUUUGGCCGAGAAGAAUGAUGCUCCCUUCUCAGAUUCUUAUGAUCUAUACAACAACAUAAUCCCGCAAGCAAAUGCCCCGGUGGGUUCGGGCCAUUUUGAUGCCCAUUCUCUAGUCAUGCCCCUUAGUUCAAAGAUCUCCGACUCUGGCGAUCAAAAUGCAAUCAGCUCUGAUUAUUCUUCUCCGGCUCCUUAUGAUCCGCUGAUCAAUUACACAUCCCCAAGGCCAGAGUUCCUCCGCUACAACCCAAAUAGGCGUAGGGAAAUUCUUCGGCGUAUGGAGGGAGACAUGAAGAAUGAAGAAGAGGGAUCAGGGGCUGACUCGAGUUCUUCAUCUGAUUCCAAAAAGAACAGCAUAUCUCCUUUGCAGACAUCAUUCCAAGGUAAAGAUGUUCAGGGAAGCAAGGAAGGUGUCAAUGAUGCCAACAAUGAUGACACAGAAGGGGAGGAGGUGGAAGUGAGGCCGUGGUAUCCUAGAAUUGCGUGGAGGUUUUUUCUUGUACUUGGGAUUUUGCUGCCCUCUUUCUUUUACUUGUCUUGUAUGAAUUAUGCUCCUGUUCCUUCUUUACAAGAAUAUGGGGGUCUUGAAGAAAAUUAUCUCAUGAUUCGAGAUGGAGGGCUUGACCAACAGGCCCAUGAUUUGAACAAUUUUCCUGGAAAUUUCUUGGGGACUUUAAUAGGAUUGUCUAACGAGUGCAUAGAUAUAUGUCAAAGGGAAUUAACAUGUGCAAUUGAUGGUGUUAAAAGGGAAGGUUUAGAAGGAAAUGAAUCUUUUGAUGGAACUGAACUGAUAACAGAAAAAGAGAGAGGUGCAUUGGUUGAGGAUGGAACAUUAAAUGGUGGUGUUGACUUAGUGGCUAAAGAAAUAAGGGAGGAGGUAGUUAAUUCUAAUGAGAUUGAGCAGGAAGCAUAUAUUGAAGAAAACGUCAAGGCAAGCACAGAUGCAGGGGGUGAAAAAGUUGAAAUUUGGGGAGCUGAAUCAGCAGAGGUACACUGUAUUGCUCAGCUUUUGAAUGAAUCUCCACAAGUUUCAGAGACAGAAUUACUUGCAACUGACUCCUCAGUUGGUCAAGAUGCGCAAAUUGAUCUUUGUAGUUAUUUGGAACCACACAAAGAUUUUGGAGAGGAGGCACAAGUUAUGGGCAAUUUGGAGGUUGCCGAGUCUUUGGAGGUUCCUCAAUCCAAAAUGGUUUCAAGUACUUUAUCCAGUAAUCAGAAGCCAGAAGAAUCCGAAAUAUCCAGUAAUUCUGCUAUAGAAUUGAAAUGGGACCGGAUUUCAUUGUUUGCAUCAAAGUAUGUGUUUCAACUGCUAUAUAGUUUCAUAUGUUUGUCAAUGAUAAUUGUGUUCAAUGGCUUGCACACGUACUUCACAAAGUUCCACAGGAACUCAACGCCUGCUUCUCACAUUCCCCCUGCGCUUAAACCUGCUUCUGAGUUAGCACUUGAGAAGAGUUUAUUUGUGUCUGUGAAGGAAGAAGAGGAGAACAAGGGUAGUGAUUCAGAUGCUUCUCAAAGGCCUCUAGCUCAUUUGAAUAAUGAACAUAAGUUUAUUGAAGUUCGACCACCAACAGUGGAAUUGCUUGCAGAGUUCUCAGUGAUAGAGGCAACUAUCUCCGGAACACUUUUGAGUCAGAAAGUGAGAGGAGGAUUAGCUGACUCAGCCGAGGAAUCCCAGUUCUCUAAAUCUCAAUGCAAGAUGUCAGCGAAGAGGAACCCUUCUUCUUCAGCUAAUAAGGUUUAUCCAUCUCCUUCAGAGUCUUCUUUAGCACCAGAGUCCACUUCAACUGGAAAUUCUACUGCUCAGAAGCAGCAAAGAAAAAAGG